GAUAAGCCCCGGCGAGGCGAGAAUUGAAAGACGCUUCCUGAGAGAUCGUUCUCCGUUAAACCCUAGAGAAUACGCACAACAUAAGUAACAUGGCUUUGGCUUUGUUAAGUAAAGUUGGAAGGACACUUAGGCAGACUAGCACUCAUGUCACUGCCUCUAACUUGAUGCUACAGAGGAGCAUCCGUAGCAUGUCUUCUUCUUCUUAUGUAAGACUCUUUGUUGGAGGUAUCUCCUACAGCACUGAUGAGUAUGACUUGGGAGAAGCUUUUGGCCGAUAUGGACGAGUUUAUUCUGCCAGAGUUGUUGUGGACCGUGAAACUGGUAGAUCGAGGGGUUUUGCUUUCGUGACAUUUACUUCUAACAAGGGGGCUACUAAUGCCAUGAUGCACUUGGAUGGACAGUACCUUCAUGGUCGAAGAAUUAGGGUGAAGUACGCAUAUGGAGGCGGUGGUGGUUACAGUGGUGGUUAUGAAGGCGGCCUUCCUGUUUUUUAUGAUGAUCCUCUACCUAAUGGUGACAUAGAAGACUUUACUGUUUUUUUAGGGUGACAAUCAGUUUGGUGGUUCAGAGAACGGUCAAGCAGAGGUUGGUCCAGAUGGAAUUUGAGGGUGAUGUUGCAGUUUCUUAAUUUAUGUAAUAGGUUUUGGAGCAAUAUGUCAUUAUGUCUCCCUUUAUCUUCUGAUCCUAGGGUAUAGAUUUCUAAAAAAAUAAAUGACCAUUAAGAGACUAUCGAUGAUCUUCAGACGGUUUUUGAAGAACUGCUUCAAAUAAAAAUUCUAGACUCAGUUGCAUUGAACCGUUUAAAUUGUUGUUUUGAUUAUUUUUUUCUUAUCAAUAAAAUAUUGAAUUUGUAUCAGUUCUGACAACAACUACGAUUCUGUUUAAUUAUGAUAAUUGGACUUGGA